CUUGGUUUUGGCUAUGACAUUGGGCACACCCAUUCAAUCACUGUCCUCCAGAGCACCAUUGGAGACAAAGCAGCCCAAUCCAGACUUUGUUUUUUUGUUGGGGUGUUCCAUGGAUAUGCCCAUAAUUGCUGCUGCCAGAUACAAUACCAUCCACAAGUGUUGACAAUAGCUGGACUUGAAGAUUUUGAGACUUGUGAGUGGGUGUUUGGUCAAGAAAAUUGCUGCACACACCUUUUCUGGCAUGGAUCUGCCUUUCAU